AUGGUCAGGGGGGCAUUGACAAACACAUUCGUCUUCAGACUGAAGCUGAGGAGACGAUUUUCAAUAUCAGGUAUCGAUGACGUUGAUGAGACCUCGGACGAAUCAGAUUUGAAAGAAGACUCAGACUCAGACCUGUCGGAGGAGCCUUUACCUGAAAUCAGGGGACUUCCGCAAUUUCCAUCAGUGUUGAGGUUGUGUGGUGAAGGAGGCGACGAGCGAGCGCAAAGACUCUACGACGAUGAUUUUCAAGCUUAUCACGAGACCGCCGGGAGGGAGACAGCAGAACUCAAGUUGCAGGUCUGA